UGAACAGCGUCGGGCCCCUCAGAAACCGAGAGCCUUUGUAUCUCUAAACGUCGGGGUACGUAGAAGGGUUACAAACCCAUCCUUUAGCCCCGCCCCUCAAAACGCCGCGUCACAUGACAGGCCGCGUUGGCGCGGGAAGAGGGCGGCUCGGUUGCCAUGGCGGCGGCGGCGGCCUUGUCUCUGCGCGUGGUGGCGGAAUGCGGGCGAAGCAAGGCCCGCGCGUGCGAGCUGCGGCUGCCGCACGGCUCCGUCAACUGCCCGGUCUUCAUGCCAGUCGGUACUCAGGGAACCAUGAAGGGCCUCACCGCUACGCAGCUGGACGCGCUCGGGUGCCGCCUGUGCUUGGGGAACACCUACCAUCUGGGCAUGCGCCCCGUGAGUAAGACGACCCCCCCCACCUCAACAUCCCCCUCCCAAAACCUUGACUUGCCAUUUAUUUCUAUAGAGACGGUGGGGACGUUUCCUACUCUCAGUGGAAUUCUCUCUCUCCUCUCAUCCUAUUUUCAGGGGGGAAGAAACCCAAUAUUCAGUUCAAUUACAGUGAUUGCAAUAUUUGGGGGUUUUUAAUUUAAAAAAUAGAUAAUAAAUAAUAAAAAUAAUAAAAAGUAUUUAUUGAAUUUAUAUACCUCCCUAUACAGUGGCACCUCGGGUUACAGACGCUUCAGGUUUCAGACGUUUCAGGUUACAGACGCCGCUAACCCAGAAAUAGUACCUCAGGUUAAGAGCUUUGCUUCAGGAUGAGAACAGAAAUUGUGCUCCAGUGGCGCAGCGGCAGCAGGAGGCCCCAUUAGCUAAAGUGGUGCUUCAGGUCAAGAACAGUUUCAGGUUAAGAACGGACCUCCGGAACAAAUUAAGUACUUAACCCGAGGUACCACUGUACCCAGAGGUCUCAGGGUGGCUCACAGAAAAUAUCACAAUACAGUAUAUAAAAUAAAAAUAAAAACAAUAACCCAAUAACACCCCCCCCAAAAGAGCCACAUUUUAAAAGGGUAUAGGUUGUCCAUCAGGUUAACCAAAGGCCUGGUUAAAAAGGAACGCUUUUGCCUGGCACCUAAAGGUGUAUAAUGAAAGGGUCAUGCGAACUUCCCUGGGGAGAGCAUUCCACAGACGGGGAGCCACUGCAGAGAAGGCCCAUUCUCGUGUUGCCACCCUCCAGACCUCUUGAGGAAGUGGCACACGAAGGAGGGCCUCAGAGGAUGAUCUCAGGUUCUGGGUAGGUUCAUAUGGAAAGAGGCGGUCCUUCAGCUAUUGUGGUCCUGAGCCGUUUAUUAGAAUUAAGAGUUUCAAAACAAAUAUUUUGUAAGUGCAUCAACAGAAAGACAACCACAAGGCCGUAACAGUUGCUGAUAACAGAGAAUCAUGGAAUUGUAGAGUUGGAAGAGACCCCAAGGGUUCCCUAUUUCAACCCCCUCAACACAGGAAUCUGAGCUUAAUCAUACAAGACAGGUGCCAAUCCAGUCUCUGCUUGAAAACCUCCAAAGAAUGAGAGUCCACUACCCCCUGCGGGAGUCCGUUCCACUGUCUGUCAGAAAGUUCUCUCUGAUGUUCAGUUCGAAUCUCUUUUCUUAUAAUUUGAAACCAUUGGUUUGGGUUCUAGCCUCCAGAGCAGAAGAAAACAAGCUUGCUCUAUCUUCCAUAGGACAGCCCUUUAGGUGGUUGAAGGUGAUUUUCGUAACUCCACUCGGUCUCCGCUAAACAUACCUAGCUCCUUCAACCGAUCCCCAUAAGGCUUGGUUUCCACACCCUAUUUAUCAUCUUGGUUGCCCUCCUUUGCAUACAUUCCAGCUUGUCAAUAUCCUUCUUAAACUGUGGCACCCAGAACUGGACUCAGUACUCCAGAUGUAGUCUGGCGAAGGCAGAAUAGAAAGCUACUAUUACUUCCCUUGAUCGUGACACUAUACUUCUGUUGAUGAAGCCUUACAAUAGCAUUAGCUUUUUUUUCCUGUGGCAUCACACUGUUGACUCAUGUUCUGCUAAGAGCCCUAGGUCCUUUCAGUACUGGCAAGCCAGGUGUCCCCCAUCUUAUAUUUGUGCAGCAGCUGGUUCACGUUGCCUAAGUAUAGAACCUUACAUUUGUCACUAUUGAAAUUCAUUUUAUUAGUAGCUAUUCUGUGCUGUUAUAGAAAUGAUUCGAAUGGUGUAAGUUGAUAUGUAACAAAAGUUGAGGGUCAAAUGAGGAGGAGGAGGAUUUUGGUUGUGUUUCUUUCUGGACCGAGAUGAAUAUUUAAAAAGUUACUUGUCCCAGAGGUUCACAGCUGCCAGAGGGAAAGGUGGAUGUUUUUAAAUCUGCAAAUGUUUUUAAGUCUGCAAAUUCCCACCAGACUGAACAGAGGAGCCUAGAAGUUUUAAGUAGGUUGGAUGUUCCUAAAGCCUGAGAAGUGUUUUUUGUUUGGGAAGUUUUUGGCUUCAAAAUCCAAACCAGCCUUGUACAUGUCCAACUUUGAUUUGCAAUAUUGAUAUAAGUAUGGGACUAUAUUGCAGGGUUGUUGUUCUUUCCCCACAGCCUUGCAGUAAUGCAUGGGCAUUGGAAAUCUGCAUAGGUAGGGUUGUUUUUUAGAUGUUUAAAUUAAGAAGUUUCACACAGAAGAAUACUUGAAUUAAAAAGAGCAUGAAUUUUGUUCUCUACUGCUGCCUUUUAUAUGGGGACAGACGUGCUGGUGUCUAGCCACAGCUUUAUUGAAGUCUUUUAUUUCUAUGAGUAGUUAUCAUUUCUGUCCAGGAAGCUAUUCCAAAUUCAAAAAUGGUUUUUAUCUGAACCCAGAAAUCUGGUCAAUAGAAUCCAACAGAACUGUGAGAUGCCCUCUCAUUUUUUCUUAUUUCUUUCUGUUAAUCAGUGAACACAACGCUUCAUUCAAUACAGGAAUAGCUCUGAGCUUGUCUUUCUCUUAGUAUUAAGUAAUCAGAGCCCUAAAGGACAAACCUUUUGAGUAAGCUUGUCCACAGUACCAGUUUUUAAGAAAUCCACUACAGAGUACAGGCCUAUACUGAGGGAUGUUUGCUGAAGUGGUUCCUGCUCUCCUUGGAAGCCAAGCAAGUGAAAUUCCAGGGUUAGAAUCCAAAGGAUACCCUUUUCUCAGCUCUCUUUUCAGAUACACCUUUUUCAUACUCCAGCCAAAAGCAAAACGGAGAAGGAGGUCUCACAGAACAAAUGAGAAGGAAGAUAAUUAAUAUUUACAUGGUAUUUUAGGUUUUAAAAAUACUUCAUACACUUGGUCUUAUUGUAUUCCUUCGACAGCCCUGUUAGGUGAUAUCUACACAUUGCAGAUGGGUAGCUACAAAGAGAGAAAGAAAAGCAGAUGUGAGAUUCCAACCAAGCACUUUCUGAUUCAUGGUGUAGUCUGAUAGCUAAUGCAUUGCAGCAUCUCUUCUGUAUUUUGGUUUGUUCUCCCCUAUGUGCCCUUUUGUUGGGAGCAUCCUGCUCUGAAUAUUGCUGCAGGCACAGUGUCUGAAUGUUAAGGGUCUGACCUUGUGCUGUUGCUGUUUUUAGCUUGGUCAUAUGCCAGAUUAUGAGAGGAAAGUUUUGGUGCCUGGCAUCAGUGGUGGGGGUCUUUGGCACUAGCUAUGUUAGGCACUGAUUAUAACCUUUUAUCCUUCUCUAGGGACCAGAGCUUAUCCAAAAAGCCAAUGGGCUCCACGGCUUUAUGAACUGGUCACGAAACCUGCUCACGGUGAGUAUUGAAGGGACUAAUUAAAGCACUUGCCACUGGAAAACCAACCAUCGGCUGUUGGCAAAAAUAAGAAGCCAUGGCUUAUGAGAGAUGGCAGGAAUCUAGGCAUUGUGGCAGCUGGGGCACAUGUGUUACACAAACACUUGAAACACAUGGGAGAUUCUAGCUGCUCAGUUGAAUGUUAGUUUAGAACACAGCAAAGCAGAUACACUUUCAUUUUGAAAAUUUUCCAUAACUGGAGAGAUUGAGAGAAAAGGAAUGUUCUUCACUUAUUCAUUCUUCUAGUGAGCAAUAUAUGAGCUUCUUGUUGGGAGAAAGCAGUGACUCUUUUUCUGCCACAGAUUCUCUGUGUGGUUUUGCACAAAUUGUUUUGAACUGUUCACCUCACCAGGAAUAGAAGUGAGUGUACCAGUUGCUGCUGGAGUGUUGAAAGGAUGUGUUCAAACACAGAAGUUCAGAACACUAAGUAACUAUAGCUGAAGCACAAAUGGUUUUUUCUUUAAUUCAUCCCAGUUCUUCUCAGGCCUUUGUAGUCAAAUGAAUGCUUCGCUCUUCUGGCAAUUAUGGGAGCAGAGCACCAGAACAGAAUAAUUUUGCUUAUUUCAGGUCUGUUCAUAGUGUCCCUGUUUUCCUGCAGGACAGCGGUGGGUUCCAGAUGGUCUCUCUGGUGGAGCUGUCUAAGGUGACAGAGGAGGGAGUGUGCUUCCGUUCUCCUUAUGAUGGCAAGGAGAUUCUGCUGACUCCAGAGAAAUCCAUUGAAAUACAAAAUGCUCUUGGUAACUAUUCUGUCUUGCAUAAUGCCAACUGCUGAAUUGACUGGUGCUUCAUACCACGGACAUUCCUCUCCUGCCACAGCUGUUUCCCUGCUUUGAAAUUCCACAUAGACAUAGAACUUCAGAGGGAGGCAACCAGUCACUCUGGUGGUGACCCUUCUGUUUGAGUUAAUGGUGAAUCUUCACUGAAGAUCUCAAAUGAGGCACCAAUGAGAUGAAAGCAUUUUGUGACCUGAGUAACUUUGGGUAAUAAUCCACAAUGGGCUAUUAAAAUUCACCUAAAGAGCCCAGAAAUCAGAAAUCCAUAAGUAGUAAAUAAUGAGAUGAUUCUGAGCGCCUUCUUUAGCUCCAUCCUGGCAUUUACUACUGGGUGGAGGUCAGAAAGUGGAGCAGGGAUCUCAAAAAAACUAUUAUGGUUAACUUCAUCCCAGUUCUAUAGAACAGCACCAUACCAUAUCAAGGGUUUUUUAAAAUCCUGUUGGGAGAGACAGAGGCAGGGAGGCUUUUCAGUUAGCAAAAUGUAGAGCCGAUUGUACUGAUUUUCAGAAUUUUAACAUCUACUUAAGACUUUUCUGAAAUAGAAGUAGAUGAAAAAAGACCCUAAAUUCCUGAAUUAUUUUUAAAUUCAUUGAAAUUUAAAAAACCAAUUUGUAUACAAUUGGCUUUCCUAAAAGAAAAGUACCUUAGUUUCUUUGAGUAUUAAGAAGUGUUUGAGUUUACAGUAUUAUGAAAUUUUCACUAAUAUCUUAGAGAUGCCUGCCUCUGCUCAGUGUUAACUGAGAUGAGCUUGCUUAUUUUUAGUAAAAGUACAGUGGGACAGCCGGUUGGACAAUUGGCUCUAUGCUACUUCUGUGUUAAAUAUUUUAAUUAGCCUUUAGGACAAAAAUUGAGAGAAUGUCUUGUUUUAAAUUAACAAAUUUGAAAUCUGUGGUGUGGACUGAUCUCAUCUGCUUUUGCUGACAUACAUUGCAUUUUUCUUCCUUAGGCUCUGACAUCAUGAUGCAGUUAGAUGAUGUGGUCAGCAGCACAGUUAGCGGCCCCCGGGUAGAAGAAGCCAUGUUCAGGUUUGCUUUGUGUGUUGUGUUGAUCUGCCUGUUCAUCCCAACUCAGCUUCUCUGCGCCACUGACUUCUGUGGUGCUUACUCACACAGUCUUUUGGCCUGCCUUGCUUGUCUAGGCAUGGAAUCUUUGUUUACUACCAGUGAAGCAUCUCAAUUCUGUAUGUUAAGCAUGAGCAGAUGAAAUUAUACAAAUGUCAUAUGACUGUAAAAGCUCCUUUGAUUUGUUUUAAACACAAACUUCAUUCUGCGCAGGUAGAAGUCAUCUGAGUUAAUGUCAAAUUUGUGCUAGGUUAAGCCCUGUAUCCCCCCCCCAAAAAAAACCCCCCAAAAUCAGCUACUGCACUUAUCCAAGGAUAAGACUACAAGUCCAGAUUGUGGGAUUUCAAGUCAGCAUGGCUCAUUGCCUCUCUGCUGAGCUGCCAACUUGGAGUGCAUGCUUAUGGGGUGGUAAGAAACAAUGAGCUGUAGUGCCUCCUCUGGAAUGACUAAUGCUGGACGUGUGAUGCACCUACAUUUGCAACUCCCUGAGUAACGUAAUGUCUGACUCUGGAAUGAUAUGACAAAUGCUACCUUUUCUUAACUGACCAGGAGAUCUGUCUGUUGCAGGUCCAUUCGCUGGCUGGACAGAUGUAUUGCAGCACAUACCAAGCCUGGCCAGCAGAAUUUAUUUGCUAUUAUCCAGGGUGGACUGGAUCCUUCCCUCCGAUCUAAGUGUCUGGAAGGUAAAUUCAUUUUUUUUUUAUGGGCUUUGUCCACAAACAACUUCUGGUCCCAGUUUGAAGCUAUUCAUAUUUGAGGGCAAGACCAAAGAGAGUUUUGCUGAAAUUCAUAUCCGCAGGGAGUCUCAUGAGGGCAGUCACCUUCUGUUGAUCUCAGUUUCCCAGCCCUGAGGUGUUUCAGUUUCUGGCCACAAGUCUACCAAUGCAAGAAAAGCUUCAGUCACUGAUUGCUAAAGUUGCAAACCAGAGUUGCAGACAUUAAUUGAUCGGCUAAUUAGGUAAAGUUUCACUCGCAGUGGUGAAAUUUUUACCCAGAGAGAUUGUAAAUUCAUGACAAAAUUGCUCACAUGCUUGUUUAGGCUAUUUUGGUUCUGGUGUGGUGUUAACAGUAAGAAGUGGAAGAGGAAAUAUUAAAUAUGGCCUUUCCUCCUAAGAAUGAUCAGUUGCUUUGUUUAUAAACGCCUAAAAAGACACCAGGGGAAUUGCAGAAGGGUUCUUAUGUAGUAUUCCUUAUUCCUAUUAUAACUUAUGUAGUGUUCUAGGAGCCUCAGGCUAGGAUAAUUUUCUGCAAAUACAACAAUUCCAAGAACCGCUUUUAUAUUUUCGUCAUUCAUUUGGAAAAGGAAGAAGAUAGUGGAUUUGUGGCUUAUUUCCCAAGCUGAGAAUCUACUAUAUAUUUUGGAAAGUUGUUCGUCUGUUCACUGUACGUUUGGGUACCUUCUCAGACAUUGUAACUUGAUUUUGCAUCAUGGUCUUGAGACCAAGGAACAGGUUUUUGUCUAUGUUUCGAUACAAUAUGAGACCAUUUUGAAUCAAGAUGGUGGAUUGAACUUUUAAAAAUGGUACAGAAUUCCUGAGCAGCCCUGGGUUCGAGGUUGCUAGUAAAUAAAUAGUACUUCAAACAUUCACAGCAACAACUGUGGAGGGGGUGGUCUGUUGGCAUUCUUGUCUGAGUUUCCUUAGGAUGAUGCUUCCCUAGAAGUAGAAGUUCACAGUUCUUACAGCUAUCUCCCUUUCCCCUCUCUCUGUCUGUCUGUUUCUCUCUUCCCCUCCCUAUCGGCUAGAAAUGACUAAACGAGACGUGCCGGGCUUUGCCAUUGGGGGCCUGAGUGGUGGUGAGGCCAAAGAUCACUUCUGGAGGAUGGUAGAUCUCAGUACGAAUCAUCUCCCCAGGAACAAGCCUCGCUAUCUCAUGGGAGUGGGGUAGGAGCAAGUGCCACAAUUCAGGCAAAGCAUAUUGGUGCCUGGGACAUAAUUGUCCUUUAGACUCCAGCAGGAACAUGUCAAAAUGGAUUGCUGCUGGUAAUGUGACCAGCUAGAGGAAACGACCAAUUAACAUGCACCUGAAUGAUGCACAAUUGCAUUCAUGGCUCCAAACCUGAAAGUGAUCCGUAAACAUCACUAAACACGUCACUAAAAGGGUGGAACGGGGGUGGGGGCGCUUAUAUGUGCUCUGCCAACACGCUGGGAACUGAUCCCCUUUGCAAAAUGGUUGUUGCCUGUACUAUAUUCUUAAACCAUUACAACCAUCCCUCUUUCUCCUUCAACCAGAAUGACUUGAUCGUUUCAAGUCAGUCCCCUUGGCAGUUGUGCUCACCCUGACAAUUUCUGGGCACAAGCUUACCACGAAAAUGUUCUCAUCUCUGCCAUUAGAAGGCUGCGCAUUCUUGAUUGGGCCAGGCUGUGUCAUAGACGGUGGGUACACUUGCAGCAUCUUCAUCACCUGAUGUGUCUCUCUCUAUUUCUCAUGAAGUUAUGCUACUGACCUGGUGGUGUGUGUGGCUCUGGGCUGCGAUAUGUUUGACUGUGUCUUCCCUACGAGGACUGCAGUAAGUAGCUGUGUUGGCUGUGGGGGAAACUGGUAGUGGGCCCACUGGCGAGGGGGUGGGGGAGGAGGAGGGCCACUUCACUACACGGUGGAAGAACAUAUAACCUGGGAUGGGAGCACUAUUCAAAGCAGUGAAGUGUUUUGAAACCCCCACUAAACCUGGAAAGACUGAUGAGUGCUGUUUGUGUUCCCCUGAAUCUCCUGGCUGCUGACAUCUUUGCACUUUCAACUUCCAGCGCUUUGGUUCAGCCUUGGUCCCCUGGGGCUCCCUGCAGCUGAAGAACAAGCAAUAUGCCAAGGAUUUUCGGCCCAUUGAUGAGAACUGUGAUUGUCCCACAUGCCAGAGGUUGGUGAGCUUCAGGGAUGGUGCUUGGUUUUUUAAAAAACUCAGAUUUGCCCUUUGCAAAGACAGAUUCCUUUGUUGGAAGGCAGACCAUUUUUCAUCUAUUGCUGAGGGCCUGAGGUAUACUUUUAAAGGUGGAGUCAGGGAAGCAGAGUCGUAGAAAAUAUAUCUGUGCUGCAGCUUUCUUGCUGAGUUUUGUCAGUGCAACUCUGAGCAGAGCAGUCAUCCUCAGGCAUUGGGUUGACAGGGAUGGGAGGAAUGGGUGCAGGAAUCACAAUAUAUUGGCCCAUGACCAGUUAUGUAAGUAAACCAGUACAGCCAAUAUAAGAUUAUAUCAUUUGGGAAGACAGGCGAACUAAUGCCAGUGUAUUGGAAGAAGCAAAGAUCACCAGCGUCAAAACAAUGAUUCUUCAACAUCAACUUCAUUGGACUGAUCAUGUUGUGUGGAUGCCUGAUUAUCAUCUUCCAAAGCAACUACUCUAUUCCAAACUUAACAGUGGAAAGCGUAAUGCUAGUGGUCAACAAAAGAGGUUUAAAGGCACAUCAAGGCACAUCUUUAAAAAUGUAGUAUAAAAACAGACAACUGGGAAACACUGGCCUGUGAGUGCUCCAAUUAGAGAACAGCCUUUACCAAAGGUGUCAUGGGCUUUGAAGACGUUUGAACUCAGGACGAAAGGGAGAAAUAUGCUAAGAGGAAGGCAUGUUUGGCAAAUCCUCAUUAUGAUCAACUCCCACCCGGAAACCUAUGUCCCCACUGUGGAAGGAUGUGUGGAUCCAGAAUUGACCUCCACGGACUCACUGUUAAAACCCUGCUUAUGUAAGACAAUCUUGCUCGGCUACGAGUGAUCGCCAAAGAAUAAGAAGAUACCUCCUCUGAUACAUUUUAAGAAGUUUGUGUCAGAUCCCUUUCAUAGCAUAUACCCAAGAUAAUAGCAUGGAUCAAUGACCUCUGGGCACACCUUAACCAGCUUUUAGUGCUUUCAAAGAAGAAAAUAUUUGAGUAUGGUAUCUUCGUCUACUUCAGUGCUACUUAAGUAUGGAAAGAAAGAGAAGCAGUAGUUUUAUUCCAUGCUCAUUCCUGAACACUUCCUGUAUCGUAGUCGGGGGAUCAGAUUAGAUCCAGGGCAACUUAAGUUCAGAUCCUCACUCAGCUCGGAUACAUUAAUUGUGUUUCUUAGGCCACCCCACAGGGAGGAUACAAUGGCCUGGAGAAAAUUGGGUAGACCAUUCCUGAAGGAGACUGAAUAGAUAAUUGGGCAUAAUUUGUCUGUACCGUAGAAUGCAGAGGCAGCCUAAUUUCUAUUAGUUGCUAUGUUAGAAUUAUUGCAGAAGUCUCAUAUGAAGCUGAUGAGCUAGAUACACUUUCAUGAGACAAGGAGGCUCUGAUUGUUCUCAGGGAGGUGAAGGUUGUCAGGGGAAGUGUGAACUGCUCCCUUGCCUCUUUCAAAGGAUCUUAACAAGGCUGAGCUAACAUUCUCCGGGAGGUUUCUCACAUCAAGGCCCUUUCCCAUGAACUUCAUGCUACACAUAUUUGUCUGUCUUUAAAGUACCGUAGGCCUUUUAUUGUUCUCUACCUAAGUGUUUCUUUGAUUUCUCUCUGGCCUACUCCAAUAUUUACAUGCCCCCACUUCUGAUGAACUGCUGAAUCCAGAAGUACUGCUCAACAAUCUCCUUUGUAGACAUCAAGGCUUUUAUAGAACAAGGGAUUGUGGGAGCUAGGAAAACUAUCUCCCUAGCACAAACUAUCUCCCUAGCUUUUGUUGUCCUGUGGCAAAGUGGGUAGCUGUUAGCUUUUACUUUGGUAGGAAAGACAUGGUGAUUUUCUCUUAUUCUUCCUAGCAUUGGUGUGUAGAUUACCUUCCUUAGGCCUUGGCUCACAAGAGCAUUCUCUUGUUCCUUAUUUUGUCUCUUGACAGGUACAGCCGAGCGUUCUUGAAUGCUCUCUUCCGGAGUGACACAGCUGCCAUGCACCAUGUUACUGUGCAUAAUAUUGCAUACCAGGUUGGUCCAUCUUGUGCACCUUUUGUAGCCUCAAGGCUUUCUUCUAUUAGGCAGUAAAGCCUGGCACCAUUUGUAGGUGGUGGGAAAGAUUCUCUAAGACGCUGGGAAAACUGAUGAAUUAGGCUGUUGGGUAGCUCUUCAGUCUCGUGAGUUUACAAUGUCAUCAUCGUCGUUGUACGUUUUCCCCUGUUGAUUGUGGUUGGGCCUUCCAUGUGACUAGUUGCGCCCACAUUUACAUGCAUGGUGUUUGAAGCGCAUCUGCUAAAGAGAUGGCAUCUCUGUCUUUCCCCCUCUUUUCAGCUGAACCUGAUGCAUUCAAUCCGGCAGAGUAUCAUUGAACAGAGGUUCCCACAGUUUGUUCAGGACUUUAUGAAGACCAUGUAUGGCAACAUCAGCAGCUACCCACAGUGGGCCAUAGAUGCCCUGGCCUCUGUUGGAAUUAUCCUGGAGUGAGAGGGAUACAAUUGUUCUGCCAGCGUCGCCGAGCAAGCAAAAUCCAACUUGGAGCCCAGCACCUGUGAACCAGCAUGUGUCCCCUGGAUCCAGGUCUCUCAAUGAUUGGUUGCCUUACUUGCAUAGCUUCGCCAGUUUUUUUCCCAGAACAGUGCUCUAGGUGUUUGCAGCACUAAAUACCUCUUUCUAUUCAAGGAGUGCUUGGGAAGAAUCGGAGGAGCUGAUGGUUUUUAUUGCAAUGGUCAUUCAUCAGUGUAGAGUCUUCAUGGUUAAACUGGAGCUACCUUGAAAGUUCCUUAUUUUUGUAUUUCUAGUAUGUGAAAAAUCCUAUUUUUUAUUUGCAUUUUUAUAUGAUUUCUCUGAACCGAAAAAAAUAUGUUUGUGGAGCUGGCAGAUUGAGCAGAGCUGUCCACAUUAUGCAGAUUCUUGGAGAAGCAAUGCCUGUUCUGUGCCCAAAUAAAAGUCUGCAACUGAAAACUGUGUGCAUCCUUAAAGAUUUUAAUUCUCUGUUUGUAGGUGCUUGUUUGUUUGUUUGACAAGGAACAGUACAGAAUCAAGGGAGAGGAUACGUGGGGCAAAAGGGGAGGAGCAUAAUUAAGUCAGUGUGGUGUAGUGGUUAGGUUAGAAAGUCAGGUUGGGCCUGGGAUACCAUGGUUUGUAUCCUCACUCAGCCAUGAAGAUCACUGGGUGACCUUGGGCCAGUCACAAUCAAGUCAUCGGGGCUGGGAUUUCUCAUUAGUUCCUCAGUUUCAGGUAUUAUCUCCUCUUCCUAGACUGAUGGAGCUGGAACUUGACAAGGUUGGGUAGCCUUGCUUGUGCAGGCACUUCUGAAAGUCCAAGUGUGGUGGUAUUAAUACCUUGCCCCCAGUUUUUCAAAUUUUAAUCACAGGUGAUUUAGGCCAUACUAUUAUUUAAAACUGCUUUACCUGGGGACAUUCUCUGCCAUCAGCUGUGCUUUGGGGCCUUAAUUGUGUCAGAAGCUUGAUCAUUCUUCGUUUGUUUCCUCCACGUUUUUGUACAACCCCAAAAUCUGGGUCUCCCUGUUUUGAAAAUUGAAGGCAGCUGGAUGAUUGUGUUAAUUCAACUCAAUUUUGUUGUGACCAUCGUGGCCAUUUCGACCAUAACUAAAAAAGAAAUAUACAUACCAUCCAUACUAUACAGAAAGUGCAUAGAUACACCUUUAAAAGACAGUGUUAACCAAUUUAUACAUAUACCAUAAUUUUACAUGUAUAAGACAACCUUUUUUUCUGAACUUUUCGUGAUAAAUUGAGAGUCGUCUUAUACACGGGUUAAUAUGCUAAGUAAGGGGUGCCGGUGCUGCGGUGGAAGCAGGGAAAUGUCGGAGAGGAGGCUGCUUACUCUUCCCGGCUUAGGAAGAGUAUUUGGUGAGUGCUGGUAUGUGGUGUAUUAUGGCACCUGUUCCGUCAGCCACAGUGGGGGAUCCUCCAAAAGCUGCUCAACAGCUCAGCGAACUUACAAAAGAAGCUCAACAACUACUGAGGACUCCCAAAAAUAGGGGUCUUCUUAUAGAUGGGGUCUUGUUAUACACGGAAAAAUACGGUAUAUCUUAAAAUACAAACGUCAGUUACUUUAUUUCAUUCCCGACCAUCUCUUUACAGUCCACCAUAUUAUCUUUAAUGAAUGUUCUUCUCAGUUUUGGGGCAGCCACCACAAAUCUUGCAAUGUUAUUUGCCACAAAUAUAUCAAAGUCAAACAGCAGGGUGACUUGUGUACAAAUGAGACAUUAGCAGUCAGGUUAUCGCCCAUUUAAUUGUAGUGAUUAACAUCUUGUCUAUACCAGGAGGUUAAUGUGGUCCCAUGCCAGCCUGCGUAGUGAAACAGCCUACAUUGGGCAAUAUAUUUUUGGGGUGCUCUUCUAGGAUAGCAAAUAGCUAAUUAUUGUCAAGGGGCUAGUAUUGGCUUAUCACAGGGGUGGGAAGUGAAACACCAUUUGCAUUUCCUGCUUAGCCCCCAAAUACUCCCGGGUCAUCCAGCCAAGCCACCUUUUGGAGCAGCUCUAUUGUUUGCCUUGUGGCUCCGCUUAUAAGUGAGUGUGGAGAAGAUCCCAGGGGAAGUGACGGAGCUUAUCCUUGGGAGUGCUGGUGGGCAUUUGAUUCUGGACCCUAAACGUUAGAUGAAUGGGAAUGUCCAAAUUGCAAUGGAGAUGAUUCCAUGGUCACUGGCCUUGGCUGAUGCUUUCCUUUGCGUGCCAGCAGAGGUCAGUAGAUGCUGAAUUGUGUGUUCACUGAAGCCAAGGGUGGCUAUGACAUGGUCUGCAACAAAUUCUAGAUAGGAGGUAUCUUAAGGGUUAGUAGUAGUAGCUUUGGUCUGCAGAGUUCAUAACAAAAGGUUAUAAUCUGAAGCUAGUUUUUUUUAAAAAAAAAGAAUGGGUUAUUUAUAAUAGAAUGGGGAGAUGUGAAAGGAAACCAAGCUUGGGUAAUUAUAAUCCUAUAAAACAUUUAAUAGUAACUUUAUUUCAACAUAAAAGAGUCUUCUUGUGCAACCUUAAAAACCAAAACAACAAGAAACAUACAAUUAAUAAAAGAAGAUGGUAUAAACCCCAGAAAACAGGUGGACCAGCAAAUUCUUCAGUCAUGGUGAUGAUAGAAGACUUCCCAGUAAAUUG